AUGACCUCGACCACUGUGAAGUGCGCGAACUGUAAUGUAGUGAUCAACGAACUUUUAACAUUUUUACGAAAUGUUGUGGAUUUUAUGGACGAGGAAAGUAUCCAUCAACUGUGUACGUCAACAUAUUCGGCGGAAGAAAUAGUAAAAGCUAAAUCUCUUCUGUACGAUGCCGUGCCGAAUGCGAAGAAAAUGCCUCUGCGCAGGAAGGAAGGGAAAAAGCGAAUGUCGAGGGAUCUCGAUGAUAUUAUUUGUUUAAUGAAGGCUGGAAACAGGGAGUUGUUUCCGAUAUUUGCAGCUGUAGAUAUACAUCGAGUGCCCCCGGUAUCUUUCGAUCACGUCGAUGCUACGAGGAUUCUUAAGGAUAUCCUGAGAAUGCAGAAUCAGAUAGCGGAGCUGAAAGAAAAUGCAGUCUCAAGAGAUGAGUUUGAGGGUUUGAAACAAGUAAUCGGGAAUAUGAAAUUUGCGUCCAUAUUAGAUAACUCAUUCUCAGUUAGCAAAGUGAACCAUAAAAGAGGUGCGUGUCUACAGGAUAGCUUUUCUUUUGAUAGUGGCCCCAUAGGUUUGCAUUACAUGCCAAUAAACACAUCGAAGAGCUCAGCUGAUAUUGAAGUGAAACUCCGUGACCAACAACAGGUUAACGACCGUCCUUCAAAUUCAAAUGAUGACAUAGCAGCUGAGUCUGUCCCUCUCACGUGCAAACAAAACUGCGAGACAAGUAAAAAUUGUCGAGUAGAAGCGGCGAUAUCUGCGCAGAUCAACAAUCCCGAGCGAGAAGAUAACAAUAACGCACAGUCAACGGGUCCGAAAGAGACGGUAUGCGCCCCACCGGAGAACACCGAGUCGUUAUCGCAGAAACCUGUUUGCGAGCAAGCGUCAUGCGCCCGCUCCGCCGCCGCCGAGAGUCCCAUCCCCGUCUCUGUAUGCAGUCGACGGGCGCCCAUCGAUGAGGAAACAUCUCAGCCAGCGAGUCGAAUGCGUAAUAUCAAGGAUGUUUUGAGGUAUCAGGAGGUAUCGGUGGACGAAAGUCAAUCAGCUGCCAGUAGGGAAGACACGGAGUGGCAAAUCGUGCAUAGGUCUAAAUCUAGGCGACGCUGA